AUGAAACUAAGUGGACAAAGUAGUGAUCCCAAGACAAAAACUCAUUACAAUAAUUGUUUGUCGAAUUUUGGAGCAAACGAAGGAGCGCUUGGUGAGGUUUCCGAAACCCAACAACUCUUAAAGAGCGGAGAUUACAAUUGGGUGAAUAUGUGUGCAAGUACUAUCAUGUCUGAUGUUGAUGAUUGUAUUUCAGGCAAUUCACUAGGUACUCCACCAUUUCAAGAUGCAUCUGAACUUCCAAAAUACGCUGGUGUUGUCACACAAGUUGCUCAAAUUAUUCUUAUUUUGACAAACUUUUUGUUGAAUUAG